CAGAAUUGUUUAAACAAUUCAAGUUCGGCUCAAGGCCAGAGAGGGGAAUUGCGUGCUGUGUUGAAAACGUUAAAGCUUGCUCCAUUUGUCCAGGAAUUGUUGAUGCUUUUGUUGCGAACAAACAUUCUAUACCUGAUCAUGGUGAACGCCUUCUAAAGGUUAUUCUUCGUAACCGAGCGUCAAGUACGUCAAUUCAAACCCCAGUUGUAGAAGGAUUCUGUAAUACAACUGAGAUGAGGUUAAAGGUUUUGCAUUCCCACCUACAGACCAUCAAGGAUAAAGCUGAAUUAAAGAAAAUUGAGCCAUCUUGCGAAGCUGGUGAAUUUCUUCGUCCAUUGACAAAAUGUUUUAGUUCAACUGAAACAUCCAGUAACAAAGCAGAUGCUUUCAGAUUAACAAAUGGGGAUCAGAGCAGUUACUGGCAAUCAGAUGGUCCAGCAAGGUCCCAUUGGAUCAGGUUGCGAAUGAGAUCAAACGUUGUUGUCAAAGAGUUGUCCAUAAACGUUGCUUCAGCAGAUCAAAGUUAUAUGCCACAGCGAGUUGUUGUGUCUGGGGGUCGUGAUGAGAUGAAUAUGAGAGAGCUGAAUGAUGUCAGGAUACCAAGUCAUAUCACUGGGAAUGUUGUGUUAUUAGAAAAUGUUAAAAUGCCAUACACAGUUAUUCAGAUCAACAUCAGACGUUGUCAUAGUGAUGGUUGCGAUACCAGAGUUAGAGGAGUGAAUGCUAUUGGUUACAGGGUUGUGAAGUCAAAGGGUGUAAGUGUUGCUGACGCUACUGCAGUGUGGUACGUGUCUGUUCUUACUGCAACCUCGACAAUGGCGAUUCCUGUUGCACCAAAACUACGGGAAACAAUUCUAAACCACACCAGAACUACUCUUGGCCAUAUGGUUCCGCUAUCACUCUCCCUCACCUCUCCAGUACGACCCAGCUACAUUAGUACCAGUGUCUUGGAUGAAAUGGAAAAAUUUCUCUACUCCCUUGCUUGUUACGAUGACAAGUUAGACUCAGAAGGAAUGCAAGUUUUGAUUGAAUUCUCGUUAGUUCGAGGAAAUCUUGGUGGAAUUUUCAAAGUUUUACGAUUACUUUAUGAUAACAUGCAUUUGAAGUUCACAGCGAAGACCAUCGUCAACUCUUUAGUUGAGGAACAAGAGAGGGCAAUACAGAGACACGGUGGGAAACUGGCCGUCGGCUUCGUUGGUUGUGACGGAGGGAGCAAGGAUGAAAAUUCAGCGCCUAAGAAUGUUCUGAGUGAAAACUGGACCUCUGAAGCCUAUUACUCUGAGAUUGGAACAUUGCGUCUCAAUAUGGCGUUCAAUAGCGAGAGAUCAACAACCGUUCAGCUGACGAAAGUAACGAUAAAGGUUUGCAAGGGCGGAAUUGGGCCUCGUUGUGGGCUAGUGUUCAUGCAUAACGAAGUUCAAAUUAACAACGGUCAACUUGACGUGAGCCAUCUUGACAAAUACAAUGAUUGGGAUAACACCAAGUAUCAAGAAUAUCUCAAGAAGUCCCAAAGAUUAGCAGCUGAAGAUGAACCUGUGGCCAUAUUUUUCAUGGAUAAUGAAUGGGAUGAGAUUGAUAUUCAUCUUGAUAAACCAGCUGUAGGGAAGUUCAUAGUCAUGAAGUUCCUGGGAACACGCGAUCCCAAAGCAGAACGCAUGGGAAUUCUAGGAAUUCAGUUCUACGGUUACGAGAAAACUUUGGAUGAAAUGCAAGAAAGUGAGACAUGGAAAACACUCACAUCUAUACCAGAAAACGAGCAGGUCUCUGGCUCCACGUUAUUUUUACAGGUUCUUCUGUUCCUGGAUUGCAUGGCGAAAGAUUUGAAAGUUUGUGCUAAAAAGAAAAAAGAUGCAGAGGUUGCUGAAAAGGAGGCUCGACUAGAUAUGACCAAGAUCUCGUUAAAACAAAUUUGGGAUGUUUAUUCUGCUAUUGUCGCGAGUGAAGACGAGAACACCGUGUUUGCAUCGAGUCUUGUAUUGAGGCUCUUUCAUCAAGCUUUGCCUUUCUUGAAACAUGAUGUACAUGAGAGAGCCGAGGGUGAUGCAAAAGAACUCUCCGGUCGAGUUUUUCAACAUCUUUGUGAAGUGGUUGAUGACGCCACAGGGAAAUAUCACAGGAAAAUUGUGGAUAUCGCUAAGGAUAUUAUUCUUGAUGGAACCGAGGUUUUCUUCCCAGACGCAAAUACCAGACGAGACCAUUUGUUGUCAAUGGUCGAUGACGUCAUGGAGGAAAAGAAACCGCAGUCGUUGGCGCUGACAUUUGAAUCACUCUGCAAGUUUUUUAGCAACAAAGAUGCCUCAGGCCUCCUUGGUUUGCCAACCACUUCAACAAAGUCGGCGUCCGCUUACCAAUCUGUUUUAUCCGUGAUGUCUACCCUUGUGUCAGUGGCCUUCCAAGAGUGUCAAUCUGCUUUGCAAUGUGAUUUUGAUCCGCACAAGGAGCGUAAGACAUCGAACCUGGUGCAGUUGCUAAGCGCGAUGCAGAAGAGUUUGUUGACCUGGGGAAGACAACAGAUUGAAGCCGAGAACGUGGAAGGAAAAAAAGCCGCUAUUGAAAUCGUUGCAAGAUAUACAGAGUUGAUAGCUGAAAAAACAAGACAAGCGUUAUCUUGUAUUGAUAAAUCAAAAACAAAGGAUGAGGCGAUAACAAUCAUGGAAAAUUCUUUCGUUGCUUUCACCUUCAGACAAAUGGUUUUGUUCUUGAACACGUUGGCCUCUGUUGAAGAACUAUGUCUCAUUAUCCUGCGUAAUCUCUGCCCUGUUGCUGGUGAGAUCAGAGCCAUUGCUGAAGAUCUGCCGAGAUAUUUCGCUGAGUCAAAUUUGUCGGAAGACAUGGGCGACGGGGAUCGCGUGAUUUUGAGAACCUGGGAGAUGGAAUCUUCGCAUAACUACGAAAACAAUCAAAAUUUUACGAAGGUGUUUUCCUGUCCUGGGUGUAGCGAGUUUUUGGUCGAGUUUGAUGCAAGAUGCGAGACUGAACGAAGGUAUGAUUAUCUCGAGUUUACUGAUUCAAAUGGUGUAAAGAAAAGAUUUGAUCAAAAAGUUGGUACAGAGAAAUGGCCAAACGAAGUUGUCUUUCACGGUGGAAACAAACUGAAUUUCCUUUUUCAUUCGGACGGUAGCAAUAACGAGUGGGGAUAUAAGUUUACUGUGACUGCUCGGGGUUGUCCUGAUAUCACCCUCUCGUGGUUGUUCGAUCUUCAGUUGGGCAUGGCAAGUCUUUUCGGGUUGUUCUGUAGUUCAAUCAUGGCUGGGUAUCCAAAAGAUAACAAGAAAAAUAAACGGAAGAAAGAUGAAAGCGAUACUGGUUUAUUACAAAGCAAUAUCUGGACAACUUUAUUCCGAGGAGGGUUCACGAAUAACGGCAAGCUUCAGCGGUCUCUGUCUGGACACCACGCGACGACAUUCAGUGCUGACUAUAAUAUCCACUCAUUUGCAAAAUCUCUGGCCACAGACGAAUCAGGCAAAGGGCAAAAUCUUUUGAAAAGAUGUCAAGAAUCAUGCGGUUUGCCUCGUGUUGGAGGAGCGAAGGUUGAUGAAGCAAUACGAUGCGUCUUUGCUGCACUUCUAUGGCAUUCACAGAGACUACGCGAUGAGCUGGUGUUGUUUGCGACAGAUUGUCCUCCGGAAACCAUUCCAACCGGAAUAUCCGAGGCGUAUAAAACUGCAGAGUCACUGAGAAUGAACCUGGUUGAAGCACGACAGAAACUGAUUCUUGAGGCUGAAGAAGGAAAACAGAAGAACGGAAAGACUGUAGAUCCGGAUGAAGUUGUCACGAGCUGCAAAGAUAAAGCUCUGUUUCUUUUGAAGUUCUCUGGCCUCACGAGAAUUGCUUCCCCGAGUGAGAGUAAGGAGAAAUUUGGUCCCAUGUCAAGUAAGAAAGCUUUUCACAGGAUAUCGAUUCAUCACAGACGACAGAGGAAAACGGCUGGUGAGAAUGCCAAGACAUCAGAUAAAUAUCCCUCGUUUUCUCUCAUUGUGGAUUUCGUGAGCAACCAGAAUUACUCUCACACCAGAGUGACGUCAUUACUUGAAGAAAGGAAGAAUUUCGCUCUUAAUCUUAACGAAGUUUAUUUAUUUGCUGCGGAGUAUAUAAGAUUGUUUUCAAAACCGGAUAUUUUCCAGGCGCCAGUUGUGACAUUCCUUCAGCAAAUGCUUAUUCAUCAGAAGAUCUUUCCAAGACAUUAUGGUGAUAAUUUGGAUGGCUGUGGUUUAGAACUCGAGGGCAGAGUAAGAAAAUCUUACUAUACUUUCUUGAGACGAUUAUUGGACAGUGUUCGAGCAUAUUCUGGUGACCCUGAUGACGACAGUGCUUCUUCAAAGGCCUUCUCAUGUAUCCGCGCUUAUUUGCUUCAUUUUCUUGAUAUUGAGUGGAAACCAUACGAUCUUGGCUUUCUUAAUGAUAUUAACCUUCCGGAAUUCUUCUUAAAUACAUCAAAAGCGACUGCCAGUGCUCUGCAACAAUGCAGCUCUGAGCUCUCUGACCAACGUGAACUGGAGGAAUACAAAGAAAAUAUGGCGUGGAAAGAGGAAGCGACGAAAGGAUUCCAUGAUUGGUGGGAUACCAUGAACUCCGGCGUCAAGAAUCCUGAUGAAAAAAGAAGGUUACAUUUGUUUUUAAGUCGGUAUGCUACCCUCUUCGAGGUCGACGUGUUUUGUGAUGGUUGCAAAUCACAGCUGCUUCGCUCUCGAUAUCGCUGUCUCAACUGCUUUGAAAUUGAUCUUUGCACCACCUGCUUCACUGGUAAUGUUAAACCCAACGGUCACACGAGCGAACACGAGGUAGUUGAGUUAAGAUGGAGAUGUGACGGUUGCGGUGGUUUCAUUAUUGGAACUCGGUUCCAUUGUAACGUUUGCUCAGACUUCGAUGUAUGUCUGGGUUGUUACACCGCCAACUCCUGGCCUGAUCGUCACUCGGCGUCACAUUCAAUGAAGAAAUUCACUAAAAAAACCGCUCUUCUCGUUCAUCAGAGGAUCCCAGCUUACACACACACGCAUGCGUGGUUCCAGUUUGCAUCUCUGUCGCUUUCUCUGGCAAAUUCCCUCAAUGAUCCAGGCUGUUCCGAUGCCUACGGAGAUUACUUAUAUGCUACCGGGAUUCUUCAUGGAAAAUGUCUUGCUCUGAUUGUAAGAUGCUUACAUGAGGUUCUUGCAGUUUCAAAACUCACAGUUCAAAAAGACCAUGAAGACGUGAGUCCUAAUGCUGUGAUCAAAGACACCCAACUGAAAAUUGACGCGAGCACAACACAACCAGGGACUUCAGAACAAGGCAUAGUUUCUAAGAAGUCGUCUGAAACAAACACAGAUAUCUCGGAAUUUAAGAACGAUGCGGUGGACAAUGUGGAAUUGGAGUCUGCUUUCUCGAAAGCUGAGAAAGAAGACGAGAACUCUGAAGGAAAUAUUGAUAUUUCUGAGAAAGACGAAACUCCGGAUUCUGAAACAGUUGUUGGUGGAAAUUCUGAGAAUCUUGAGCAGACUUUAGACGUUACACAAGAGGGUGAAAUAGCGAAGCCAGAAGCUUUGGAACCAAGUCCAACCUCGACAAGCGAGGAGGAUGCGACUAAAAUACCAGAAACGCCAGUGGAGGGUACAGAUGAUGAAAGUUUGUCUCCAAAGGAGAGUUCUUCUGAUACCACUAUCCCCAAAGCACCUACAACCACGCCCAGCGAAUCUCAUUCGGACACCAUUAAUCCUCCAGAGUCCCCUAGUGAUAGUAAACAUGUGACUUCACAACCUGAGCCUACUGAUAGCAAGACGUCGGUCAGCGAUGUUUCAGCUGAUAACGAAUCAGUAACGUCAUGUAAGGACGCUGAAAAUGUAACGCCAGAAGCUGUGGUCUCGAUACCUGACCCUACUGAUAGCAAGACGUCGGUCAGCGAUGUUUCCGAUGAUAACGAACAAAUAACGUCAUGUAAGGACGCUGAAAAUGUAACGCCACAAGCUGUCGCCUCAACACCUAAGCCUACUGAUAGCAAGACGUUGGUUAGCGGUGCGGAGAAUAGCGGCACUGUUGCUACGGCAACCUCGGAUGCAUUAACUGGGGGGAAGAAACUGCCGGGGGCAGAAACUACAACAAAGUUGACCCAAGAACAACUUGAUAUAUUAUUUGUUAAAGAAACUCAAGAGAAUUUACUGGGUUUAAUUGGGGCCAUGUUGCCAAAGGAUUCAAAGUUGUAUCACUGGACAAGCCACAAUCCCGCUACCGAAGACUAUCUUGUUUCAGAAUUUAUUCCAAUUUUACUUAAAAUCGCCAGGUCUCCUGAUGUAUUAUUUACGCACAGAAACAUGGCCAUUGGUGUCCUGGGAAAAUAUUUGCAGUGCGUUCUUCCAGAGUUAUGUGAUCAAGGGAUUUGUGGCGGAAAAGAAGAUGAUUGUGUUGAAACAGAAGAGUCGGAUGAAAAUGAUCGCAAAGGAAGGCAAACAGUGCAGUCGCUGUUUCAGUUUGGUGCUGAGUGUCUAGCGAGGUCUGAUCUUGAGUCAGCCUCAAGCGUUGCUUGCUGUUUACAACAGCUGUCUCAGUCUCCACAAUGGCAGGCAAGCAUAACAUUCGAGAUCACCGAGUCACUAACUCUGCUCACGGAGAACUCGGAGAAUCCUAAACUGGCGAAUAUAUUCGGAGUCUUAGUCUUUGCUGGAUUUCCAAAUGUUCUUCAAAUGGGAUCCAGAGUUGAAAUAAAAGACCAGAGCGGUGAAGGAAAAGAGGGGAUCGCUUUGUCGUAUUCAACAGCCAAUGCUUCUGCAGUUGUUGCUGACAUUAAAACAAGGAAACGAACCAGUAUUAAAGAAUCCAACCUUCAAGAAGUGUCAUUUCUCAUGGAGUUGUAUUGUACCUCUCAGUUCUCAAUAUUGUUGACAAUAGCACAAGAUAUAUUACAUGCUUUGAAAGAGCAAGGUGAAGGAGUUUCAGUUGAGAGAUUGUGGGUUCUGUACUUAGUAUUAAAAGCCAUGUUGUCAAAUUUGAAGGGAAGUAAAUCUGACGAUCUUCGGAAUGACAUCAUGGAUUGUGCACUCAUUCCCUCGUUAGUUUCUCUGGCUUGUCAAGGCACUGACCUCAGUCGAAUGUGGUUGUUGCGAGAUUUAGAGAUUUUGUCGAUAAAGUUAUACAAGAAACAACUGGACGGAACAAGGAACAUUCCUAAACCUGAGUUGGUGAGAAUGGACUCAGAGAAUACGGAUGCUGCUGUUCAAACAACCACCACCGAGCCUUUGAGAUCACUAAUACAGAGUUUCCAGGAAGCUAUCCAGGCUCCCAUGGCUUUACUAGAAACGAUCUUACCCAGGAAUGAUCAAGCAAGAUUACUGGAAGAAGUCCACCGAAGUCUUUGGAACGAGGGAGCCAUGAGAAGACUUCGCAGCCCAGCCAGCUCAAAAUCAAAAGAAAUUCCCGAAGUUCCUGAAGAUCACUCCAUAGAUAUCGGUGUUGUGAGAUACUCCCUUGGUGAACUCCAACCAAAGACGUUCAAAGCAAAGGAAGAGGACCAAAGAACCUGUGAGAAACUAAUGCCUUCCUUUACCGACCAGGAGAUUGCUGAGAAUCAGAGAUCGUUGUCCAGGCUGAAAUCAGGAAAUCUUCUUAAAACCGAACUAGACAAGGAGAGCAGCCCGCCUGAGAUGAUUAAAAAGGUAAACAAAGCAUUGUGUAUCCUGUACUCUCGUCACGUUCUCAGUCGUUUGUUGGCGGAAUGGCCCGAGGACCGAGCGCUGACGUCAGAAGUUUUGGAUAGCGGCGAUGAAGUGCAGUUGAUCGGAAUUUUAGAUCUUUUGCAAAGAAUUGAGACCAAGGAAAAUUUCGAAACGGUUGUAACACGAGUUGUGAAUCAAGGGGAGGAGAAGUUAAUCAAACCACUUUCGCUCGCAGCGGCUCACUGCAUGGGCGAAGUUAAAUUAUCCUCGGAAACCAAAGAAACUGAACAUCCUUACAAGAACGAUGUCCACCAAGAGGACAAAGUUCAUAUUCCCGGAGCAGCCACCUUGACAAUAAAAUUUGAUCCAAGGUGUUCGAGCGAGGAUGGAUGUGAUACUCUUGUUAUGUCCACUUCCCAGAACUAUUCCGAACAUCGUAACGAGUUCAGUGGUCAGAGUGGAUGGAUAGACUUUGAAAUACCAGGCGACACUCUGUACUUUGUGUUUCAAUCAGACUCGACAAACACUGACUGGGGUUGGAAGUUCACCGUAACUGGUGGUCAGCUUGGGAGAUUUGAGACCGGAUACACAAUACUCAAAGCCUUAUUGGUUCCUAAUGCCAGCUUAGCGAGAUCUUUGCCGCUUAAGAAACUAUGGGCGUGGUUAGUCUCUGUUGCCUGCAGCCAAACUGGUCAGCAGCGUCUCAUGGCUACAGGACUUCUCUUGAGGGUUCUCCUUGUUUCAAGUAAUUUGCCACCCAGCGAAAGGCCUGAUCUAAACCUGUUGAACUCGCUUUGGGCUCUGUACUCAGAAAUGCUAGAGAAAGAGACAGAUGGGGUCCCCCCAACCUUGGUACCCCCGGCUCUCAGAGGUUUGACCGAGCUGUUCUUGGUUGUUGAAAAUUUAGCUCAGGAAUGGGGUAUCGCAGAAGAUCUUAUUGUUGGAUUGACCACAGAUGAGGCAUUAAGAAGAUGUUUUGCGCAGGGCGUGUGGAACAUUGGUGCCAUUGGUGCAGCUAUUGACUACCCUAAUAAAGCCACUGAAGCUUUGAAGAAAUAUCUGGCAACUGCGCCCAUUCCUGAGGAAAAGAAGAAGAGUCCCAAGACAAGUUCAAGCAAAAAGCCAAUUCGAAGAUCGAAUGCAAUGCCAAUCAAUGUUUUGAAUGAUAGUACUGUGCCUACCACAAACCUUGACGACAGUGACAGUUCAUCGGACAGUGGAGAUACGUUUAGUGAUGACUCCAGUAGCAGUAACAGCUGAGAUAUUCUAGUAAGCAGUGUUUAGUGGACUCAAGCAAGCACCAUCACAUCGCAUGAUUAUACACAAUGAGACGAGAUAGUUUGAAGCAAUGAUAAACAACCUCAAACACAAUGAUUCCAUUCAAAUGAUAAUCCAGCAAUCGUCUAAAUGUGGUCUGUGUCGGGUUAAGAUUGAUUUUGAAAUGCUCAACUAUUGCCUUGGAAAACCUACGUCAAGUUGGAGAAUAUAUUAUAUUUAUAGUAUUAUAUUUCUACCUCAUUUGUUUCAAACAAAAGACUGCACACGUCACAUGCUACUGUGACUAUAAAAAUUGGUUUUUAAUUCAUUUUGUAUGAGACGUCAAUGAUCAAACAGUUAAAUAUUUUGAUAUGCACAUACCGAUUAUUCCAGUCCUAUCUUUGAUUCAAUCUUACCCUGACAAAUAAUUUGGAAGUGGGUUGUUAUCAUAUGUGGUUCAUGAGAGGUUGCAUGUUUAUGAAGUGAUGUGAACAAUUAGAAAUUUCCAAUAUUGUUGAAAAUGGAUGAACAAUUUGAUACUGAAUGUAAUAAUUUGAUACUGAAUGCCACAAGUGACUGUGGCUUGUGGCAAAAAUACUAAUAAUUUUUUAGACUAGUGUAGACUAUCCUUUAUUUAUUAGAAUUUUGUACGGAUGGUGAUAUAUGGUGAUGAAGGUCAUAUCCCUAAUUCACCUCAUAAACCAUCCAAGAUAUAACUUUUGGAGAAUGUUUUCUU